UUUUAAAGAAUAAAUAAUAAAUAGGAGAAAAUAAAGGAGAGAGGAGAGUGGUGGGUCAAAGAGAGAAGACAUUGUGUUGAGGCAAAUCCAUGUGCCCACAUGGCGUUGCUCUGCUCAUAAUACUCUCUUCUUCCAUAAUCCAUACAUAACACACAAAUUUUACACCCCCUUUAAUUUCUCCCCUUAGACCCACCAUACACCACAAAUUAAAGGCCUUGUUCAAUUGAAAGCAAGAAUGGAGAAGGGGAGUGAAGGGUUUGUAAGAGCUGAUCAGAUUGAUUUGAAGAGUUUGGAUGAGCAACUGGAGAGGCAUCUUAACAGGGUAAGAACUAUGGAGAAGAACAACAUCAAGAAACCACUCGAUGAUUCUUGCAUUAACUACACCACUACUUCUACUAUUACUACUACUACUGCAGUAGUGGCGGCCAGCAACCACCCCACAACCACCACCACCCCUACCAACCUUUCUCUAUAUGUGCCGCCUAGGCAAAGAUACGACUGGGAAAUUGACACUUCUAAGCUAAUCAUCAAAAGUGUCCUUGCUCGUGGCACCUUUGGUACCGUCCACCGUGGCGUUUAUGAUGGCCUUGACGUCGCCGUUAAACUGCUGGACUGGGGGGAAGAGGGCCACAGGACAGAAGCUGAAAUAGCAUCACUAAGGGCAGCUUUUACUCAAGAAGUUUCAGUGUGGCAUAAGCUUGACCAUCCUAAUGUAACUAAGUUCAUCGGGGCAACCAUGGGCGCAUCUGGGCUAAAUUUACAAACAGAAAGCGGUCAUAUUGGCAUGCCUAGUAAUAUAUGUUGUGUUGUUGUGGAAUAUCUUCCUGGAGGCGCCUUAAAAUCUUACCUUAUCAAAAACAGAAGAAAGAAGCUAGCAUUCAAAGUUGUAGUGCAGAUGGCACUUGAUUUGGCCAGAGGGUUAAGUUACCUUCACUCUCAGAAGAUUGUCCAUAGAGAUGUCAAGACAGAGAAUAUGCUAUUGGACAAGUCACGUACCGUAAAAAUUGCUGACUUUGGGGUUGCACGAGUUGAGGCCUCUAAUCCUAAUGACAUGACAGGGGAGACAGGAACUCUUGGCUAUAUGGCUCCUGAGGUUCUCAAUGGCAACCCAUACAACAGAAAAUGCGACGUGUACAGUUACGGCAUAUGUUUAUGGGAGAUAUACUGCUGUGACAUGCCAUAUCCUGAUCUCAGUUUCUCAGAAGUGACUUCAGCCGUGGUUCGCCAGAACCUGAGGCCAGAAAUACCAAGGUGUUGCCCAAGUUCCCUUGCUAAUGUGAUGAAACGAUGCUGGGAUGCUAAUCCUGAUAAGCGGCCUGAGAUGGACGAGGUAGUAUCUAUGUUAGAGGCUAUUGACACAUCUAAAGGCGGGGGAAUGAUCCCCGUCGAUCAACAACAGGGUUGUUUCUGUUUCCGGAAGCACCGUGGACCUUGAAUGCUCAGAAAUAUCCGCGCAGAUAUACAUAUAGAGAAGAGGUUAAAUCUGUCUCAAUUACCAAAUAUUUCAUAAUGACCAGAAGCUCCUGGUGAUUGUGGGUAUUGGCUGGCAAAUUGGGCUGCAUUUCUCUUAGAUGGUGUAAAGCUUAUACCUUUCUUUUCAUAUUCUUCAUUUCACUUGUAGUUGUUUGGUUUUACUUCUUUUAAAUAUAAAUCUUCCCCCAUAUUUGACAUUGGUGA